UGUACGCACCCAUGCACAUUACUGCAUAUUACACACACUACCGUCUACCAUACACUACUUCACACUACUUAAACUCUAAAGAGUAAAGACGGUAAAGACUAAAAAUAAUGAUGACAUGUGUUUGUAACGGUUUGUAAUGUGGCUGCUUAAUGCUUAUGUUUGUUCGUUUGUCUUUUUGUGUAAAUUUGUGUAAAUGAUAUCAAGAGAAUACAGAACUUAAAAUAUAAAUAAAACCUAAGUUUUAUUCAUUAAAAGUUAUUCAUGAAUAAACGAAUUGAAUAUAGUAAGUGUUAACAAAACUCGACUUUUUUAAGACUGAACUCCCGGCUUUGUGUUUUGUCAAAUGUGAGGUUAUAAAAUAACUGCCGAACUUUUUUUUUUCAACGUUUUCAAUUUACAAAUUUUGUUUUGUUAAUGAUUAUCAAACUUUUUAAAUUUAAUUAACAAUAAAAAUAUGGAGGAAUUUCAAGCAACGCAAGUACUUGAUGAGGACAAUCAAAGUUCUCAAAGUUUUUCGUCAUCUGGAUCAUCACAAAAGCUCAAUGAAAAAAUUCAGAUUGGUACAAUUGAAAUAAGUGGUUCAAAGCAUCCAAUCUAUAAAGGUUUGACAAUCGUAGGAAGACAUCCAGCAUGUGAUAUACAAAUAAACGAUAUUACUGUAUCAAAAAAACAUGCUGAAAUUGAGGCAUCAAUAAAAACAAUAUUUAUUAUGGACUUGAAAUCAUCAAAUAAAACACGUAUGAACAAUGAAUUUUUACGUCCUGAGCGUUUUUACGAGUUGCAUGAUGGUGCAACAUUGAUGUUUGGUUUAAUUGAGGGCUUUUUUACGCUUACAAAAUCUGAUGAUGAUUCACUAUACGUUCCAGAGACACCUCAUCCAGGUAUUAAACAAAGAAAAUAUAUAUUACAACAAAAAUCAUCAAUUCAAUCACCACAAUUUGAUUCAUCAGCUGAUGAAAGUGAUGCUUCAGUUAUUCUUGGUACUCAGCAAUAUGACGAAGAUGUUUUUCGUCGUCCAUCAUUACCAGGUACAUCAAAAGCAUCAAUAACAACGAAGGAAAUAAAUCUCAAUGAUUCUGAUCAACAAAUUCUUGAUGAUAGCACUAAAACAAAUAAUGAAAAAUCAAUAAAUUUAUCAAUAUCCGAAAUAGAGACUCAAGAAUUUGAUCCAGAUGAAAAUGAAAAAUCUAAUAAUAGUAAAAAAUCAAUUCAUGAAGAACAAACACAGCAAUUUGAUUUGGAUACUUCAACAACUAAAAAUGGUAAAAAAUCAAUUCACGAAGAACAAACACAGCCAUUUGAUUUGGAUACUUCAACAACUAAAAAUGGUAAAAAAUCAAUUCACGAAGAACAAACACAGCAAUUUGAUUUGGAUACUUCUACAAAUAAAAAUGUUAAAAAAUCAAUUCAUGAAGAACAAACACAACAAUUUGAUUUGGAUACUUCAACAAAUAAAAAUGAUAAAAAAUCAAUUCAUGAAAUUGAAACGCAACAUUUUAAUGAAGAUUCCUCGGUACUUCAUAAUAAAAGUAUAUUUGAUGAAUCAACACAGAGUUUUAAUAAUGAUGAUAUUGAUGAUGAUAAGGAGAAUGAUGAAACAUCAAAAAAAAAUUCAUCUAAUCUUAAAAGUAAUAAUGAUUCAUCAAUAAAUCAUUCAACCUGUAAAAAAAAUUCUAUUUUUAAUGCUGAAACACAACAGUUUGAAGUUUCAAAGGCCGUUGAAACCAGGAAAAAUAUGUCAUUUAAUGAAACGCCAACACAAAGCUUUGAUCUUACUCUUGAUGAUAGUGACGAGGAUGAUGAUGCAACUCAAGACUUUGAUCUUACCACGACUGGUCAUAUCAUGAAUAAUAAUAAGAAUAAGAAAAACAAUAACGAUGAAGUCCCAAGCUCAAGAAAAACUGUUGAAUUAAUUUCUGAUGAUGAAGAGAGAGCUCUUGAUGCUUCAGUCAAUAAUAUAAAAAAACAAACAACAGCUCCAGUAUUAAAUAAUAAAGAAAAAUCUAGUGAGACAAACAGAUCAAUGAGUGAAUCACCAGAUUUACUGGUAAAUCAAGAAAAUGCUUUAGAAACUCCAGUUUUAAAACGAACAAUAAAUUUUGUUGAAGAGUCAGAUUCUGAUGAAGAGGAUCUUCUUGCCAAUACAAAUGAGAAAAAAAUUGAAAAAAAAUGUGAAAGUAAUUUGGAUAAUGAAGAUGAACUAAAAAUAAAUAAAAGUAAUACAAACUCAAAAGGUAUUUUAAUUAUAUCAGACAGUGAUGAAGAAGAUCUUCUCUUUUCACCACAUAAAACACCUGAUAAACGUCAAAAAGAUAAUUUAAUAACUCCUGAAAAAAAAUCAUCAAAUGAAAAAACAAAAAAAUUAACAAAAGUUAAAAAUGAUAAUAGAUUUCUAUUGAGUUCUGACAGUGAUUUAACAGAUGAUGAAGAAAUAAAAAAUGCUAAAAAAUCAAAAAGUAUUGAAAAAAUAAUAAAACCAAUCGAUAAAAAAAAUGGUAAAAAUUUAUUUAGUCAUUCAGACAGUGAUGUUACUGAUGAAGAAGGUUUCUACGAUGCUGUUUCAUCAGUUAGUCCCGAAAAAAUGAAUAAAAAAUUAUCAAAUACAGAUGAAAAAGCACAAACAUCAACAACCAAAGAUAAUAGUAACAGUUCAACUAUAAUCAAAGAUGCGGUCAAUGGCAAUAAAUCAGUAACGAGUCUAGUUGAUAACCAGAGUCGCGUGAUUGAAGAAAGUGACGAGGCUGAUACAGACGACGAUGAUGAAAAAAAAAUAAUCAAUAAAAAAGAUAAAAUACAAAAUGAUAAUAAAAAUAUAGAUGAUGACUCUGAGACAGAUGAGGAGAAAAAUUAUUCAUUGGCGCCAUCAAGACAAACGUCAGAUAUUGUGGAAAAUGAUAAUGUUGCUAAAAAUUCAGGUGAUCUUUUAAAAUCAUCUGUGAUUGAAAAACUAAAUGAAAAUAAUGAAAAAAAUGAAGAAGAAGAUCCUUCGACAAUUGCAACUCAGAUUGUCCAACACGAAAAACAAGAUAUAUCAUCAAAGACUGAUAAAGAAAUGCGAUCACCAGUUCAGAAAGAUAUUUCGUUUGGUUCUGAUGAUGAAAUGCUGAUUGAACCUCCAAGUUCAAAAUUGUUAUCAAAGUCAUCAAUAAGACAAAAUAAAUCAUUGGCUAAUGACCAAGAUGAUGAUGAAGUUGAUGAUAUGGCGGUGACUCAAGUUGCUCAGCAAACUAAAAGAAAAAAUGUAAUUUUUGAUGAUUCUCAGCCAACACAAAUUAUUGACAUAUGUCAAAGAGCAAAUAAAGAUUCUGAUGAUAAUGAUUGGGAAGUUGAUGAUGAAGCUCUAACACAACUUGUACCUGCAAGAAAUAUAUCAAAACUGAACAAAAAUGAUAAAACAGUUAAUAAAAAUAAAGAUUUCGAUGAUUGUGAACCAACUCAAAUCAUUGAUAGAUGUCAGAGACAAAACGAAACAUUUAAUGAUGAUGAUGAGGUUGAUGAUCAAGCUCCAACACAAGUUAUUUCUUCAAGAAACAUGUUAAAACAUAAACAAAAUGAUAAAUCGUCAGAUUUUGAUGAUACCGAGGCAACCGAGGUUAUUAAACAUAAUUUAAUACCUGAUGAUGAUGAUGAUGCAGUUGAAGUUGAUGAUGAAGCUCUCACACAAAUUAUUUCUCCCAGAACCAUAUUAAAACAGAAAAAAAAUAACAGAAUAGUGAAUAAAUACACGGAAUUUGAUGACUCGGAAGCAACCGAGGUCAUUAACAACUGUCAGAUACCAAAUAAAAUAUAUGGUGAUGAUGAUGAGGUUGAUGAUGAAGCUAUAACUCAAGUAAUUACACCUAGAAAUAUUCAGCGACCAAAAAAAACACAAGUAAAUGUUUCAGAUGUAAAAAAUACUGAUAAAUCAAUGUUGGGUGAUGAAAGUUCAACAGCAGCUGCAUCAAAGACCUAUAUAAGUGAAUCAUCUGAUGAAAAAUCAACUGAUGCAUCCAAUAACAGUUUAUCCACAUCAAAUCUUGAUAUAACUGAUAAGAGUCCAUUAAAAAAACAAAAUAAAAUAGCAACUUCAACACCAUUUCCAAUAAAAAAAAAUACAUUUAACUCAAAAGAUGAUGCUUCAAUAAACCUUGAUACAGAUGAGACUAAAAUGCCUGGUACAUGUUCCAAGAAUGAUAGUCAAAUAUCAGAAUAUGAUUUUAAUGUUACUCAAAAUAUGAACAGUAUGUUUGGUGAAGAUGAAGUAGUUGAGACUAAAAAAGUUGAUAAUUCAGAGCCAUUAAUGACACAACAACUUGAGGAUAUACUACAACCAGUUGAAGUGCUUGAAGAUGAUGACAACAAUACUUUAGAUACUUUGUUAGAAAAACCAAAAGCUGUUGCAACGAAAAAAGUCGAAGAAAAAACAAUAACACCUGAGAAAAAUUUAAAAAAAUCAAAUCUUGCAGUUUUACUUGAUAAUGAUGAUGAAAAUGUCAACAAUACCUCAGAUACUUCAAUAGAAAAAUCAAAAGCUCUGGAAACAAAAAGAGUCGGAGAAAAAACAGUAUCACCCGAGAAAAAUUUAAAAAAAUCAAAUCUUGCAAUUUUGCUUAAUGAUGAUGAUGAUAAUGAAGAUGAUGCCAACAAUACUUCAGAUACUUCGAUAGAAAAAUCAAAAGCUCUUGCAACAAAAAAAGUCGAAGAAAAAACAUUAAUACCUCAGAAAAAAACUAAAAAAUCAAAUCUUACAGUUUUACUUGAUGAUGACAGUAAUGAUAGACCAGUUUCACCAAUCAUUCAAGACAAACCAAACGUUGAAAAUAAUUUACGUAAAAGCAAAAGAAAAAUUAUAUCUAAAAAUCUUGAUUCUCAAGAUUUUUAUUUUACAAAGUUAACUAGCAAAAAGAAAAAAACAUCUGUUCUUGACACACAAGAAAACGAUGAUAAUGAUAAUGAUGAUGAUGAAGUUAAGAGUUUGUUACAAAAAAAUAAAAGUUUUGCUAAAUCAAAAGAUGAAGGCUUGAAUCAUGAAUUUGGAACUGCUGGAUUUUUAAAUGGUGUUGCUGUCGAGGCUGAUGAAUCUGUUCCACUUGCAACAAGUCCAAAAAAACAACAAACACUUUCUAAUCAAUCAGAUUCAAAAAAUAAUGAAAAUACUGAAAAAAAAUCAGCAAAAGCUGACAAUUAUUCAGACGAUGAUGAUACUCGUUUUCCAGCAUUUGAAAAAACUGAUUAUCAUCCAGCCAGUCGACAAGCAAAAAAAUCAGUAACACCUGAUGAUGAUGUUCUUGCUGAUUUGCCAGUAUUCAACAUGUCCAGUUAUAAUCCAACGUGUGGUAGUUCAAGAUCACCAAGUUCAUCACGUGAUUUAAUAACACCAGUUGAAAAUAAAUCACCAAUGCCACCAGAAACUCCAUCACCAUUAAAUAAUAUGCCAUUAACCAAAAGAAAAAGUACAAGUCCACUUUUAUCACCAGUAAAAACAAAGUCACCAGUAAAAACAAAUUCACCAAUUAAAACAAAUUCACCAAUUGAAACAAGUUCACCAGUGAAACCAAAAUCACCAAUUAUUAAAUUUACCAUUUCUGAUGAUUCUGAUAUUGAAGAUCUUGACUUUGAGGAUAUUAAAAAAAUGGCUGAUUCAUACAUAGCACGAGGACUGGCCAAUAAAAAAAAGCAAAAGUCAAUUGAUAAAUCAGCUAAAACUAAAAAAAAACCAAAACUACAUUGGAAAACAGCAUUAAAAAUUAAGAAUGCUGCUAAUACUGAAAACAACAAUUUAAAAAAUACAGAGACAGUUGAUAAUGUAUCAAAAGAACACUCAAAACGUGGUAAAACAAAAAUUGAAAGUACAAAAAUUACUGAGAUAAGUGAUAAUAUUUCAAAAGAAAAAUCAACACGUAAUCGACAAAAAAUUGUUAAUAGUGAUGUAGAAAUUGUUGAGAUACCUGAUAAUGGUGUUCAAAUUGAAAAAACAAAACGUGGUAGUUCAAAAAGAAAACAAGAAUCAUCAUCCAAAGAGACAGAUGAUAUUCCAUCAAAAAUUGAGAAAAAAUCAGAAAUUUCUGAUAAUGUAGAAGUACCAGAUAAGGUUGAAAAAUCACUAAAAAGUACAAAUAAAUCGGAUGAAAAAAUUAAAAAAGCUGUUAAAAAACAGAAACUUGAAGAUACAAAUAUAAUCACUGAAAAAUUAAAUUCUGAUACAAAUGAUAAAUCAGAAGGUAGAUCAAAACGUUUGAUUUCAAAACAAGCAGUUAAAAGACAAAGUACUGUUUAUGAUACUGAUGGAGUAAUUAAUGAAUCAACAAAUACAGAAGAACCAUCACCAAAAAAAUUAAAGAAAAAUUCUGAAACAAGUACCGAUGAAUCUCCAUCAAGAGCAGUAAGAUCAAAAAGUAAUUCACAAAAUCACAUAAUAUUAUUUACUGGUCUUGGUGAUGAAACUUAUCGUCUUGCAGCAUUAAAACUUGGUGCAUUGGUAACUGAUAAACCAGGACAAGCAACUAUACUUGUUACUGACAAAGUAAGAAGAACAUUUAAAUUUUUUUGUGCUGUAUCAAGAAGCAUACCAAUUGUAUCAGUCAAAUGGAUUGAAUCUAGUAAAAAAUCAGGCCAUUUUGUUGAUUCAGAAGCAUUUAUACUUCAUGAUCCAAUUGCUGAAAAUAAAUUUGACUUUAAAUUAAAACAAAGUUUAAAACGAGCCAGUGAAAAAAAAUUAUUGGAUGAUUAUACAAUUGUAGUAACACCAAAAGUUGUUCAACCAACAAUUCCUGAAAUUAAAAGUAUGAUACAAGUUAGUGGUGGUAAAGCAUUAAUUCGAGCACCAAGAGCUUGGCCAAUAAAAACAGUUGUUAUAAGUUGUGAAGCUGACAAUGAAUAUGUAACAAAAAUGUUAUCAAAAGCACCAGCUAAUCGUGACAUACCAGUUGUAACUGUUGAAUUUAUAUUAUCUGGUAUAUUAAAACAAGAGCUAGAUGAAAAACGAUAUCGCAUUAAAUACAAUUAAUUUAAAAAUAAGAUAUAAAAACAAAAAAGAAAUUAGUCUUUUUUAAAUAUAUUUUUUCACAAAUCAAAAUAUUGAGUGUAAUAUAUUAAAAGUUACGAUAUAUUUUAUAUUGUGUGUUUAAAUGUUUUUUUUUUUUCUUUUGUCUUUGGUUAAUGAAGAAUAUAUUAACAAGUUAUUAUGUCGUUUAUUGUUCCUCAAUAAAUAAAAUAAAUUUUUAUAAUAUUAAUGAGUAUAUUUUAAUCAUUUUAUUAUUCUUUGAAUAUAUGAUUAACCCAGUGUUUUUUCAUAGAUCAUUCAACUUUAAGAAAAUACAUAUUUUCAUUGAGUCAUAUAUUUUAUAUUUUUUUUUUUAAUGCCUAACAUAAGUGACUUUUCUGGCCUUGGUUAUUUUAAAUAAAUAAAAAAAAAAAACUGUUUAUGCUCAUUCGAAGCACGUAGGCACUAGGCAUGCUACUAAAUUUAUACUUACUAUUUUUCUGCGUCGUAGUUUUGUCUUAUCUUAUUUAUUUUUUUCGCAUGAUAAUAUUUUAUUUCAAUGACUCACAUCAACUGUAAAUAUAAAUAUUAUUUUGAAUAAAAUCUA